CGCUCCGCGCGCCCCGCGGCUCCCCUGCGCUCCGCUCCUCCGUGCCCCGACUGUGCUCGGACCCCGACGGCGACAUGGGUGUCCCUGCAGUCCCCGAGACCAGCAGCCAGCGCUGGGCGCCCCUGCUCCUCACUCUCUUCCUGGCUACGUCUAGAGAUCUGGUGGCGGCUUUCAAGGUUUCCACACCGUAUUCCUUGUUCGUGUGUCCCGAAGGGCAGAACGUCACUCUCACCUGCACGGUCCUGGGCCCUGAAUCCAAAGGGCAUGUCGUGCCCACCUACAAGACCUGGUACCUCAGCUCACGGAGCGAGAUGCAAGUGUGCAAAGAACACUGGCCCAUUCGCAACUUCACCUUCCACAGUCAUCAUAUGCGCCACGGAGGCCACCAGGCCGCCAAUGCCAGUCACGACCUGGCCCAGGUCCACGGGCUGGAGUUAUCUGACGGUCACCAUGGCAACUUUUCCAUCACCAUGCACAAUGUCACACUGCGGGACAGUGGCGUCUACUGCUGCCUGGUGAUGGAAAUCAAGCAUCAUCACUUGGAGCACCCGGUCCACGGGGUCAUCGAACUGGAGGUGCAGAGAGGCAAAGACUCUUCAUCCACGUGCAUCGCAUACCUGCCCACGCAGGACAGUGACAGCAUCACGGCUGCGGCCUUGGCCACGGGUGCUUGCAUCGUGGGAAUCCUCUGCCUCCCUCUCGUCCUGCUGCUGGUCUACAAGCAGAGACAGGCAGCCUCCCACCGCCGUGCCCAGGAGUUGGUACGGAUGGACAGCAGUAACACCCAAGGAAUUGAAAAUCCAGGCUUCGAGUCCCCUCCGCCCUUGCAGGGGAUGCCUGAAGUCAAGACCAGGCCCCCGCUGUCUUACGUGGCCCAGAGGCAGCCUUCAGAAUCAGGGCGGCACCUGCUCUCCGAACCCAACACGCCUUUGUCUCCUCCCGGCCCCGGCGAUGUCUUCUUUCCAUCCCUGGAUCCAGUCCCAGACUCCCCAAACUCUGAGGUCAUCUAGACCUUCGAGAGGACUGUGGGCAGCGGUGUCUGUGCAGACCCUGGUCUAGCUGUGCCGUGGCGAGGGGAGGAAGCCCCCAGAGGAGCCACCGCUGCUACACUUCCUGCCCAAGCUUCCUCCGGCAAGGCUCGGCUCUCCUCCUCGCUUCUGGACCUUGCAAGUGAAUGCAUCUCAGCUUCGCGGUUUCCUGUUUUCAGUGAAAUUUACAGCACACUCCAUCCAUGAUCAUGGAUCUGGCCUGCAGCAGUCCCUUUGGUCGCCUCCCUGCUACUGCCUGGGGGAGGGACAGGCACUGGGUCAGCCCUCACGUUGCCAGGGAUGGGUGAUGGAGAAUGGAUAGAUAGAUGGGUGGGUGGGUGGCUGAGUCCUGAGACUGUAGGCCGGUGGGGAACACGGAGCUUCCAAAGGGCAGGAGGAGCCUUGAAGCUUCAAGGCGGUUUGGCAGUGGGCCUGGAGUGAGCUGUAUUGGAGUUCUAGCACUGGCAGAUGCCCCCCCCCACCCCCUGCCGGAAGGAGGGCUAUGAGGAACGUUUCAUCUAUAGAUCAAUCAGCAAUUGGGGACUGCUUAAACCAUCCCAUGACAUUCAAAGGAAGGCUCUCUGAAGUUGGAGACACACCACCAGAAAAGGGUUCUGAUGCAGCACGGGUAUCUUGACAAGUCACUGGGCCCCUGGUGGCCACUGUGGGUUAGACUACCCUGAAAUACCAGCCCCAGGGAGCUGCCCUCACUCCUGCCUGGCCAUGGUUUUCCUCCGUAGCCUUCCUCGGGAAGGUUUUGCUGCAGGGGGUCUUCAGAGGAGACUGGAGGUCUGUCAGCCUCACCAAUCCUGGGCACUGCCCUUCUGCCACCUAAAAGAGGGCUUUCUGGGUGUCAGCUGCAAUACCCCAAGGCUGGCCCAGAUGUGUCAGGGCUGAGCUAAGAUUUGCCCAAGGAACCACAAUAGGUGAAAAGAGGAACGAAGGUUGUCAACCAGGAUGUUGGGUACAAAGCUGUCUUGGAAAGAAGCGGCCAGCUGAGAGGUUGUCCCGACUCUCAGAGAGAGGACCAUCUGGUGUAACCCCUGCUUUGCAUUAGCGGUUUUCUUCUCCCCAUGGAUAUGCCUGUCCCUGGCUAUUCUGUGAGCAACAGGAAGGCCUUGGUUUUUGAGCUCAGGCCUACGACAUAGCCCUUGGGUGAUGGAACCAGGACUCCAGAGUUCUACUCUGGGGAUGACAUGCAUUGGGCUGGGCCACUUCUGACUUUCCACCUGCUCUGGUUCCUAGCAGCAUCGUUACCUUGAGCUUUUGAGGCCAUGGGGACAGAUGUGUCACUCCCCUUUACAGUUCUGAUCUACUGGUGUCACUUCCUGAAAUAUAUGGUGAGAAGAGUUCUGACAAAGUAACUAAGCUGAGUGAGUAAGUGCUGGAAUUGAUUAGCCAUGCCUGCCUUGGGCACAGAAAAGGAAGAGGCAGUAUGUAUGGCAUGUCUUUAUAUUUUUUUCUGUUAAAAUACUCUGGUUCCCAAAAAACUUUUGUGUGUAUUACUUGUUUG